CUUUUCCAACUGUUACUGGUGGCUUUUUUCUCUCAGGCAAAAGAACCUGUGUGCAUGCAAAGAGGGGAUACUGAGAAUCCCCAGUUAUCUAGGGAUGGGGACAUUAUAUUGGGGGGGAUGUUCUCUUUUCACAGUAGCUGGAAUGACCGAAAGGAUACCUACAUACAGAAACCACUGCCACUUCAAUGCACGAGUUUGAAUUCCAGAGAAUUCCGGGUCGCCCAGGCUAUGCUUUUUGCCAUCGAGGAGAUUAAUAACAGUACAGACCUACUGCCAGGAGUCUCUCUGGGCUAUAAAAUGUAUGAUACUUGUGGUUCCAUUGCCCAAAGCAUAAAAGUUGCACUAGCCUUGAUGAAUGGUAAUCAAAUUAUUUUCACAGCACCUGAGGCCCCUUGUACCAAACCAGCACAAGUGCAGGCUAUAAUUGGAGAGACUUCUUCCUCUCCUUGCAUGGCAAUAGCUACCGUAAUUGGGCCAUUUAAUAUACCAAUGAUCAGCCAUUUGGCCACAUGUGCUUGUCUCAGUGACAAAACCAAGUACCCAUCCUUCCUCAGAACAAUACCCAGUGACUACUACCAGAGCAGAGCCCUGGUCUAUUUAGUAAAGUACUUUGGAUGGACUUGGGUUGGAGCCAUUCGAACCAAUGAUGAUUAUGGAAAUAAAGGCAUGGCAACAUUCACAGAAACUGCACAGCAGCUGGGCAUCUGUCUGGAAUAUUCUGUAUCUUUUUUUAGGACAGAUCCAUAUGAAAAAAUUCAAAAGAUCAUUGACAUUAUAAAAGCUUCAACCUCCAAGGUGAUUGUUGGCUUUCUGUCCCACUUUGAUAUGGAUGUGCUAUUACAUGAGUUUUCUCUCAACAAUCUGACUGGGUAUCAGUGGGUAGGCAGUGAGUCUUGGAUAUUUGAUUCACAAACCGCAAAAAUGGAUAUACAUCACAUACUGGAUGGUGCCAUAGGUCUUUACAUUCCCAAAGCACACGUCACUGGCCUGAAGGAGUUCAUGCUGAAUGUGAAACUUCUUAAUUCAUCUAAUAAUGAUUUGUUUACUGAGUUCUGGGAGACACUAUUUAGUUGUAAGUUCAAGGAGUUGAAGUCAACAGCAGAAAAUCCAAGAGAGUGUACCGGACAUGAAGAUCUUACUGGAGUUCAAAAUAGCUUCACUGACAUGUCACUCAUGCCUAUGUUUAACAAUGUAUAUAAAGGAGUGUAUGCAGUGGCCCAUGCCCUUCACAAUAUCCUUAAUUGUAAUAAAACAUGUGAGAAAAAUGUGCAGCUAGAUCCAUUAAUGAUUUUGCAGCGCAUUCUAAAAAUUUACUUCAAAACAAAAGAAGGAGAUGAGGUUUACUUUGAUGAGAAUGGAGAUCCAGCAGCAAAGUAUGAAAUUAUAAACUGGCAGCCAAGAAAAAACGGCAUUGUGGAGUUUGUGACAGUUGGUCUUUAUGAUGCAUCACUUCCUCCAGGCAAACAGCUGACUCUGCAAAAUAACUCUUUAAUCUGGGCAAGAAACUCAAAGCAGGUGCCUGUGUCAGUUUGCAGUGAGAAAUGUCCCCCAGGAACACGCAAGGUUCUCCAGAAAGGAAGGCCUGUUUGCUGCUAUGACUGUAUAAGAUGUGCAGAGGGAGAGAUAAGCAACAUUACAGAUUCUGUUACCUGUUUGAGAUGUCCCCCUGAAUUUUGGUCAAAUGAAAGAAGAGACACGUGCAUAAAGAAGGAAGCAGUGUUUCUGUCAUAUGAAGAAAUUAUGGGAGCACUCCUGACUGCUGCAUCUUUAUUUGGAACAUGCAUGACUACCGGUGUGGCAUUAAUAUUCUUCAAAUACAGGAAAACUCCUAUUGUGAGGGCAAACAAUUCUGAGCUGAGCUUCCUGCUGCUCUUCUCUUUGACUUUUUGUUUCCUGUGUUCUCUGACAUUCAUUGGUCAGCCCUCUGAAUGGUCUUGCAUGCUGCGACAUGUAGCUUUUGGGAUCACCUUUGUGCUCUGCAUCUCUUGUGUUCUGGGGAAAACAAUGGUUGUUUUGAUGGCUUUCCGGGCAACACGUCCAGGUAGUAAUGUUCAGAAAUGGUUUGGACCUACACAGCAGAGACUCUGUGUUACAAGCUUUACUCUUAUACAACUUAUCAUGUGUAUAAUUUGGUUAACAGUUUCGCCUCCUUUUCCAUUUAAAAACUUUAAGGAAUUUAAAGACAAGAUCACCUUAGAGUGUGCUCUGGGCACAUCUGUGGGCUACUGGGCUGUGCUUGGCUACAUAGGACUUUUGUCUGUCUUAUGUUUCAUUUUUGCUUUUCUAGCUCGAAAACUGCCUGAUAAUUUCAAUGAAGCCAAGUUUAUUACCUUUAGCAUGCUAAUAUUCUGUGCAGUGUGGAUUACAUUUAUUCCAGCAUAUGUCAGCUCUCCGGGGAAGUUCAGUGUUGCUGUAGAAAUAUUUGCUAUUCUUGCCUCCAGCUUUGGACUACUGAUUUGCAUUUUUUUCCCAAAGUGUUAUAUCAUCUUACUGAAACCAGAAAGGAACACGAAAAAGAACAUGAUGGGGAAGGGUGCUCCAUGA